CGACGAAGGACUGCGAAAGUUGGAUGAGAUGAUUGCGCUGUCAUUUAAGCCUGCGUUUUCACAGGACGAGGCUGCUUUCUUCCCUAGAGAGGAUCAUCGGACUAUUGGGUCCAAAAACAUUUGCUUACUGCGCAUGCUUAACGAGGAGUUUCAUCAAGAAG